GAAAAGACCAAAGAAAUGUAUUGCUUUCAUUAUACUAGAUAUUUUAGAGUUUAACUUUUAUUCUGUGCUUCGUUUUAGUGGGUUUGUAGCUCCUGUUCGGAACAUUACUGUUAACCUUGGAACUAUUGUAAGAUCUCCCUGAGGAGUAAUAAGACUGAAGAGAAGAAUCAGGCAUGGCAUACUUUGAGAGGCUGCCUUUCUCAUACAAGGAAUUUGAUGAAGGACAUCCUGGGAACCAAGCAUCUUACCCGGUAUACCAUUCUGGUUCUGCUGGAGAGGUCAGCCUAGGAUUCGAUCGAAUAUUUGAUGAAGUCAGCAAUGAAUAUUUUUUUUAUGGUUCAUCACAUUCACAUCAUCAGGAAGAAAUUUUUUUCCCAUCAGAUGUCUUUGGUCUGAAUGUGCCUGACCAGCAGUUUUGUGGUCAGCCUCUAGUUCCUUAUGGUGAGCUUUACCCUAGAAAUCCUGUCUCUCACUGGCAACAAGGCACAGCGUCACCAGCAGUUGGCUUCAGGCCUGAUUUACUGUCUGAUUACGAAAACUUCUCUCUAGUGGAUCACUACCCCUACAGUCAAGAGAGAGAACUCUAUGGAGGGAAUAAUUUAAGACCAGUCACAAAUGUGUUUGAUUCAAAUGUGGGAAGAGGCAACACAAAUCUGAAUUUUCAGAGAGGCUUUGAUAACAUAGAUGCUCGAAGUCCCAUUUUCUUAGACAACUAUCCAUUUGGACAAGAAGUGAAAGAUGAAAGUGGAAAUGGAGAAGUUUGUUUAACUGACACUUCCAGAAGAUGUGACAUAGAGCCUACCUGGCCCAGCAGCUCUGGACAUGACAGAGAGGCUACAGGUUGGUCUAUCCAGCUGGUUGAAGCAAAUCAAGGAAGUAAUGAAAACACAGUUGCUUUUUGCAACGCAGUGGAGAAAAUAAGGAAUGCCAAUCCUGCUUUUGACUUGAAGACAAACACUGGGAAAAUCUGGAGCGUUGCAACAAAGUUCCCCAACCAUAUCCUUGGUGAAUCAAAAUUCAGAAUCAGCAUUUGGACAGAUUCUUCACCGCAUGCUCUGCUUCUUACACCAUGUGCUGGUUGUAUCACUCGUGACUUAAUUGUAGAGAUCCUCCAAUGCACUAAUCAAUACCCAGUCCAGGAGGAGUGCCUUCUAAGUGUUUGUGGGUCUGAUGAAUUCUUACAAAAUAGUCGCACUUUGGGCAGCCAUGAAAGUCUUCGCAAGGCAACCACCUGCAUUCAGCUUCGACUACACACUGCUAGUAAUUUGAAGCAAAGUUUGGCUAGAACGCAUGAGGAUGACCAAAGACACUUCGGUGCGAAUCAGCUGUUAGAAGAUACCUGUGCCUGGAGACUGACUCGACAGAACCUUCUAUCAGUUAUUAUGAAAUAUAAUGGUCAAGUGGGAUGUCUAUUGCAAGAUGAGAAAGAAGUACAUUCCUCAAGAUAUCCGACUGUCUUUGUAGAACAGCACAUAUAUCAGCAUAAAGUUGAUAAUGUGAUUGAAGUAGCUAAAGCUAUCUGCAGUGUCCUCUGUUUUGUGGAAACCAAAGACAUUACUGAUGCAGUCAAGAAACUCCGUGCAGUGCUGUUGGUGAAAGCACAGGAUUCACUUCAAAGUGUGGAAAAAACAGAAAAAGCAUUAAUAAAGGCUGCAUUGACUGAGCUCUCCAUGGCCAUCUCUUGUCUCAUCCACAUUUACAGCAGCAGCUUUGAUGCAAAUUUCCAGCUUUCCAGCAUACCUAAAAUCCCUUCAUGUGCAGACGUCAGCCUUGAUUCCCAGCUCAGCUUCACUGUAUAUGCUGCCCAUAACAUCCCAGAAGCCUGGGUGAACAGCUACAAAGUUUUCUCUUUUUCUUGUUCACUAACUUAUGCUGGAAAGACAAUAUGUCAAGUGAAGAUACGCAAAAAUAUACCAGUUAAAAGAUCUUUCUUUUUCCUGAUUGACUGGAAUGAGAAAAUCAACUUUCCUCUACGAAUAAAGGCUCUUCCGAGGGAAACUAUGUUGACAAUAAAACUACUUGGAGUUAACAGUGCCUCUAAAAAUACGGAAGUGCUUGCUUGGACAUGCUCCCCAUUGUAUCCAAAAGAGCAGCUUAUUCAUGGAACUAUACUACUUAGCAUGACAUUGUACAGCACGCUUACAACAACGAUGAUUACCCCAGGCAUCUGCAGUACUGCUACACCAACCUCAGUAACACUGCAGAUUGACUGUCCAGAAACUAAUUUGGAGUUCAUUAAACCUGAACCUGAAGAAAGAAGGGGUGAUCUUGAAGAGCCAACCGAAGACUGCCUGAAGCAUAUUGCGAGACUUUCGCAGAUAUGCUCUGUCUUGCUACUCUCAGAGCAACAGAAAAGAAUCUUAUGGUUUUAUCGUUACUACUGCAAUAAUCAGAAUUGCUCCCUUCCUCUGGUACUGGGCAGUGCACCCAGUUGGGAUCGAAUGACUGUAUCAGAAAUGUAUGCCGUGUUGAGGAGGUGGAGAUUUUCUAACCCCCUGGAGGCACUUGGGCUUCUGACCUUCAGUUUUCCAGAUAAAGAUAUUCGCAGAACAGCAGUCCAACAAAUAGAAAAUAUGUCAAAUGACGAAUUGUUAGAAUACCUUCCACAGCUGGUUCAGGUGCUCAAGUUUGAGUGGAGUCUUGAAAGUCCUUUAGUGCAACUCCUGCUGAAUCGUUCUCUUCAGAGCAUCCAAGUGGCCCAUCAACUUUACUGGCUGUUGAAGAAUGCACAGAAUGAAGUUCAUUUCAAAAUCUGGUAUCAGAAAGUACUGGCUGCUCUCCAGUUCUGUGCUGGAAAAACCCUGAACAAUGAGUUUUCUAAGGAGGAGAAACUUACCGGAAUUCUGGAAGACAUUGCCAAAAAAGUAAAAGCUGCCAGUGAUGCAAAAAGAAAGGAGGUGUUAAAGGUGGAACUCAACAGACUUCAGCGGUUCUUCCAGGAGGUAAAGGUUUGUCGGCUUCCCCUGAAUCCCGCGCUUGUUGUCCAAGGCAUAAAGGCAGAUUCAUGUUCAUAUUUUACGUCCAAUGCUUUUCCAUUAAAAAUCUCCUUUGUCAAUGCAAAUGCUCCAAGUGAAAACAUCAAUAUUAUUUUUAAGAUAGGCGAUGAUCUACGUCAAGAUAUGCUGGUUCUGCAAAUUAUUCGAGUAAUGGACAGCAUUUGGCUCCAAGAGGGACUGGAUAUGCAAAUGAUCAUUUAUAGGUGUUUAUCUACAGGAAAAGACCAAGGGUUGGUACAGAUGGUGCCAGAUGCUACCACACUAGCGAAGAUCCACAGGGAGUCUGGACUGAUAGGACCAUUGAAAGAAAACACAAUUAAAAAAUGGUUCCGCCAUCACCAUCCUCUGGAAUCAAGUUACCAAGAGGCAAUAAGGAAUUUCUUUUAUUCCUGCGCUGGCUGGUGUGUUGUUACCUUCAUUCUGGGAGUCUGUGAUCGACACAAUGACAACAUUAUGCUGACAAAUGCCGGACACAUGUUCCACAUAGAUUUCGGAAGAUUUUUAGGUCACGCGCAGACAUUUGGAAGCAUCAGAAGGGACCGAGCUCCCUUCAUCUUCACAUCAGAGAUGGAGUAUUUCAUCACAGAAGGUGGAAAAAACCCACAGCGUUUUCAAGAGUUUGUGGAGCUUUGUUGUCGAGCUUAUAAUAUAGUCAGGAAACACAGCCAGUUACUCUUGAACCUGUUGGAGAUGAUGCUGCAUGCAGGACUGCCUGAGCUAAACAGCAUUCAGGAUCUGAAGUAUGUGUAUGAUAACCUCCGUCCUCAGGACUCGGACCUCCAGGCAACAAGUUACUUUACAAGGAAAAUAAAGGAAAGUUUGGAGUGCUUUCCUGUUAAACUCAAUAACUUGAUCCACACGCUUGCACAGAUGUCAGUGACAGGCUCUGCAAAGCCUCCAGCUCCAGAGACGGUCCCCCAAGAGUGGAUGAUGUUGAAUGCAGAGAAGUCAAUUGCAAGAGCCACCAUUUUGGGGUUCAACAAAAAGUCUGACCCCCUGUACCUCGUCCAGGUGGUACAGACCUGCAAUGUGGUCACUUUUGUGGAAAAAUCAUUUGACCAGUUCUCCAAACUUCACAGCCGUCUCCAGAAGCAAUUUCCAUCGUGUGCCCUCCCAGAGUUUCCCUACUCGUGGCAUUUACCUUUUACAGAUCUUGAACAUAAAAGAGUGAAGGAUUUGAAUCUCUAUCUGAAACAGCUAUUAAGUGGAUCCAGGAAACUGGCUAAUAAUGAGCUUGUACUUGGCUUCUUCCUGAAUUGGUCCAAAAACACCUUGGCAGAAGAUUCAUCAUCUGUGACCUUAGGUCCUCAGUCAACUGAUCAUAAGCCUGGAGUACAAUUAGUCAUAUCCUACGAGAACACCCGUCUGACAAUAAUGUUGAAACACAUGAGGAAUAUUCGCCUCCCAGAUGGCUCUGCCCCAAGUGCACAUGCAGAAUUUUAUCUUCUGCCGGAUCCUUGUGAGGUCAGUCAAAGGAAAACAAGAACAGCUCCAAAAAGCUCUGACCCUACUUACAAUGAAAUUGUUGUGUAUGACAAAGUCACAGAGCUCCAAGGCUGUAUACUGAAGCUUGUUGUGAAAAGCAAAGGAACAUUUGUGGGAGCUGUUAACAUUCAACUGAGCAGUGUCCAGUUAAAUGAAGAAAAGUGGUAUCCGCUGGGAAACAGUGUAAUUUAAAUGUUUUCUGAGAUAAUUCAAUUAUUUAUCCACUGAUGUUUCUUUAUCCCACUUCCCGCGGCACAUUUUGUCUCAGUUGCCCUUGAGAAUAUGCAGUCAUCUGCUGAUCACAUACCUCAACAUUUCUAAUCAUAAGGCUAUUAUCUUAAAAUUGCUACCAUCUUCCUGCAACAGAUUCCUGUCAGUGUGAGUUUAAGAAAUCACAUGCUAGGAACCUGUAGCAGCAUGCAGGAAGUUCUUAUGACAGCAAUAAAGGUUUUUGUUUUGUUUGCAUUAAGUAGUACGUUAAGAAUGUUAAAAUCUGUACACAUUGAAGUGUGGGGCCUAGUUCUUUGCCCAUUAAUUUACUGUGUUGAAACAAUGCUGAUAAUGGUGUAAUUUGUCAGCAUUCUCUAUGACCCCACUGCAUAUAAUGAUUUCACCAGAGAACCAUGGGAUGGUUCCCUGGGUGCCAAUGCAUUUCAGAUGUCUGGCAAAUUUUACAUUACAUCUUAUACAAUCAAUACUUAAAAAAAAAAAAAAGAACAUAAAAACUGUGCACUUUACACAUUUUGGGCAAUAUAUGUUGCUGCGUUUU